UACAGAUUUUGAGUCUUCAUAUUCUUUAUCUCAAGAAGAUGGAAUACACAUUAUUUUUAAUAAUGUUGAUUUUUCUCUUUUCACUCUCAACUCCACUCCAAUCUUCUGCUCCUCCUGAUCAUCAAUCUCUGUUGACAUUCAAAGCUGCAAUCAUCUCCGAUCCCAAUAAUUCGCUAGCGAAUUGGAAUACCACUAUUCCAAUGUGUAAUUGGACCGGCGUUACUUGCUCUCCUAAUUCGCAGCAGGUGGUUAAGUUAAAUCUCAGAGCUAUGGAUUUACAGGGCGUCAUUUCUCCUGCGCUUGGGAAUCUCACAGCUCUGGUUGCACUGUAUCUCCCCUUCAACGAACUGCAUGGGAGUAUUCCUGCUGAGCUGGGCAAGUUGACAAGGUUGGUGAAUCUAAUCUUAAUUGGAAACUACUUGACAGGUACAAUUCCACCCUCUAUCUCAAAUUUCUCAGCCUUAGAUCAAUUGGAUUUGUCAAAAAAUAAUCUCCAUGGACCUAUUCCUCCUGAAAUAGGCAUGCUCACCCGAGUACGAUUCCUCUACCUCUAUGCUAAUCAGUUGUCGGGCAGCAUCCCUUCCUCCAUAGGAAACUUGUCAAACUUGGUUGUUUUGCAAUUGCUAGCCAAUAAUCUCACGGGUCCCAUUCCACGUGAAAUAGGGAAUUUAAACCGACUAAAGCAGCUCAAGCUCUUUUAUAAUGAUCUUAGCGGAACCAUUCCUCCGGAAAUAGGGAAUCUCACGGCUCUGAUUGACCUCAUCCUGGUUGGAAACUAUUUAACAGGUACAAUUCCUCCCUCUAUUGCAAAUGUCUCAUCCUUAGAUCAAUUGGAUUUGUCAGAAAAUAAUCUCCAUGGACCUAUUCCUCCUGAAAUAGGCAUGCUCACCCGAGUACGAUUCCUCUACCUCUAUGCUAAUCAGUUGUCGGGCAGCAUCCCUUCCUCCAUAGGAAACUUGUCAAACUUGGUUGUUUUGCUAUUGGAAGCCAAUAAACUCACGGGUCCCAUUCCACGUGAAAUAGGGAAUUUAAAGCGUCUAGAGCAGCUCGAGCUCUUUUAUAAUGAUCUUAGCGGAACCAUUCCUCCGGAAAUAGGGAAUCUCACGGCUCUGAUUGACCUCAUCCUGGUUGGAAACUAUUUAACAGGUACAAUUCCUCCCUCUAUUGCAAAUGUCUCAUCCUUAGAUCAAUUGGAUUUGUCAGAAAAUAAUCUCCAUGGACCUAUUCCUCCUGAAAUAGGCAUGCUCACCCGAGUACAAUUCCUCUACCUCUAUGGUAAUCAGUUGUCGGGCAGCAUCCCUUCCUCCAUAGGAAACUUGUCAAACUUGGUUGUUUUGCAAUUGCUAGCCAAUAAUCUCACGGGUCCCAUUCCACGUGAAAUAGGGAAUUUAAACCGACUAAAGCAGCUCGAGCUCUUCGAAAAUAAUCUUACCGGAAAUAUUCCUUUUGAAGUGGGGAUGCUCAUCAAUUUGCAAACGCUUAAUCUAUGGGGGAAUAAGCUUAGCGGAAGCAUACCAGUUUCCCUCGGAAAGUUAUCUCCAAAUUUAGAACUGGUCGACUUGUCUCACAACAACCUGAGUGGAUAUAUACCUGGAGAACUUAUGGCAAAUCUUAAAAACCUUGAUUUUUAUUUGAAUCUAUCAUCGAAUUUUCUGCAGGGACCUCUUCCUGAAGAAAUAGGUAAACUUGUAAAAGCUAAAGCAAUAGACAUUUCUUCUAAUAAGCUUCAUGGAAUGAUUCCCACAACACUUGCCCACUGCGUAUCACUGGAGCGUCUCAAUCUCUCCCAUAACGCAUUUGAAGGUCCGAUACUAGAUACACUGGGGAUGUUACAAAAUUUGAAAUUUGUUUAUCUUUCUUUCAAUUUCCUGUCAGGAGAGAUUAGUUAGAUUUGAUCAAAAGCUCUCAUAACCACCUGAGUGGACGUAUAAGUGGACACGCUUGUUUGUAAUUAAUGCAUAAGCAUGCUGUUUCAGUUCUCGUAGUUUGUUAGAAGUGGUAGAGACUAUGUAAUCUUAUGAAGUAGAAU